AUGGACGAGGAGCUGAAAAGUGUCACCUGUCAUUUAUUUGACAAGGAUGAGACCGAUUCUGAACAAAACAGAAGGAAGAAUCUAAUACUGUAUACUUCGGCAGGGCUAUUUCCCACCAUAGAGAUCUUCAAUAGUAGUUACUCAAAAGUGUUCUCCUUCAAAAGGCUUCUGGCAGAAGAUCAGUCUACCUGGUCUCUUGAAAUUCCACGACACGACAUUGCACAUAAUACAGAUAUUGCUCCAAUAGAACAGUGGUAUGCAAAAUUUGAUAUGCAUCAUGGAUUACAUAUGUUUACUACUGAAGGAACUGUACUGGAUGUUGCUCGAGAACCUAUUCUUCAGUGGACGUUUAAGGAAGUGAAUAUAACAGCAUUGAUACCCAAUGUCAUAAAUAUGAUAGUAACAAAAAGUCCUUGUGCAAGUGAUGUGGCUAUACUUGGUCUGUCAUUCAAUAACAAAGCUAAAGACUGUGACGAUCUUCAACUUUUGAAUGUCGUUUUAACCAACACUCGUAUAGUCUUUCUUACUACACUGGGACUAUUUAUCAGUGAAGAUUUGCGCUAUGGAAACUUCAGUGAAUUAAAAUUCGACAAACCAAACUUCUGUGGAUUUGAAAUGGACGAUUACAUGAAAGCAAAAAUAUGGUAUAGCGUCCAGUGCCUGGCUAACCAAGAAAACUAUGAAGUGGAUUAUAUUUCUCUCACAUUCAACAAACUUAAAACAUUAAGUCAGGAAUCAACUUGUUUUUAUAGUAAUGAUCCAUAUAAGAACUGGCGUACUUGCUUGCCUCGCAAAAAGCAAGGUGAAAAGUCCGUUGCUAGACAGGCAAUUUCUUUUCUUAUUGAUUAUCAGCAGAACACUGGCAUAGCUCUUUUAAAUCAUCAGGAUAGGGAAUUAGUAAUGGUAACUAAGUUAACAAACCACAGAUUGCACAGAAGGAUAAAGUUUCCAGCGUUUUGGUUUCCAGAUGCUGAGUUUGUGCCAACUGGCUUGGUUUUCUACCCAAACAGUCAUUUUUUGUAUGCUUAUGGAAACCAGGUGUGGUUUUCUGAAGAUGGUGGUAACCAUUUUGAACUUAUAAUUAACGUAGCGAAUGAGAUGGUUGUAAAAACAGAUGCAUGUGUUUACAACCAAGCAGUUAUAUUUGUGACUGACAGGGGGACUGUUUUCUACACAAAGGCAGUCUCUACAGCAAUAAAGGCUAAUGCAUCCUCGGGUGUGUCUCAACGGAGGUAUAACAUCCAAAUCACAAGACGUCGUAGUACCAGCGUUGGUCAAGCUGCAUGUGGAGUAAUGUGUUCAGUUCUGGAAUCUCACUUGAAAAAAGAUGUGGAUAGAAUGAAGCAGGAGGAUGAUUUAGCUUUUGAUGGUCCUUUAGCUCCACAGUACAUCACUGAAGAGCAGAUGAUGUUUUUUAGUCAUAGUCUAUUGAAUCCACAAGGAAAUGAGACAGAGCCAAGAUUCUAUAAUCUGUACAUAGGAAAAGCAUUAAAAUAUGGGUUGGGAGGAUCAGGCAUAAUCAGCAAAGUUUAUGAGCACGACGAUCCUCCAGAAUUUUUAACAUCUGUCUUUGUUGAAGUUUUGGAUCGAUUCCCUGUUGAGGCUAGCACCAGCAGCCCUUGUGUAUUAAAUACUUUAACCAUUCUGCCACCUGAUCCUGACACUACUGCAUUUAAGCUUCAGCUUAGUCCUUCAAAUACUCACAUAUUUCAAGCAUCUGAUGUUGAGAAAACGGUUGUGAUUCCAGGAUUCAGCAGUUUCCUCAUUACUGAAGUUAUAGAUGACCACAAUGCUUUAGCUGAUGCCACUAUGCCGAACCGAGCACCUACAAAUAUUGCCUUUGAAAGCAGACGGUGGUUCCUGUAUGACUUUGGCACUACAAAUGGAAGAAAAUGGAGAGUUACUGUUGACAGAUGUAGAUACACAAUGCAGCAGCUUGAUGAUUUACCAGUCCAUUCCAUAAAAUACUUGGAUCUUGGGUCAAAAGUUGAUUUUUCAUUCAGAGUAACACCAGUUAAUGUAGCUCAUCAAAUAUUUCAGAUGCACCAAGCUGAGGUAAUAGUGGGAAAUCCCAAUCUACUGGAUAUGAACAUAGAAGAGUACUGGGAUAACACUGAUAGUUAUAUAAUUAAACUGCAAGUUCAAAGUCGAUUUUUUGAUCAGGGUAAAACCUCCAUUUCUGUGAUUAUCGUACAAGCAUCCCUUGUUUGUGAUGUCACAACCCUUAUAUUAACAUUGAGGAAUUCCUGCUCAUAUCUUAAAGUAAUGCACUACACUCUGCCUGUUCAACUCUCUGCUUCAGACUGGCUAUCGCAAAGGGCCAACGCCUCAAAAUAUUUAAAGAAUUUACCGGUUAACUACAGACCACCAUCUAAAUUGGGAAUUGCUGUUCCACUUACAGAAAACUUUUACAAUGCGGAUCCUGCAAAGCCAAGAAGGAGAGAUUAUUUUCCGGGAUCAAAAGCUUCUGGGACUUAUAAGCAGUGUGCUGACAAAAAAAAGCGGUCUGAAUGUGGUUGUACAAACAAUAUGAAGCUGUCAUUCUAUGUUGCCUUUUCAGACUGCAAGGAAAAGGCGAUUCGGAUGAAAUACCCGGUUGUUAAACUUCCCCUCCAUUUCACUGUUGAGAAUGAGAAUGGAAUUGUAAAUUUGUCAUCUCCUUAUUUUAUCACAAUAAAAGAAGUCAACAACAGAACAAACUGGGAGAUUAUAGAUGCCAACCAAACAUCAAGCUUGUUAAAAAUGAGACGCUAUUUGGCAGAUACGCUCGACGCAACGCUGUACACCCCAGAGGGUCUCACUCUAUACAUACAUGGAUCUGAGCUUUUCCAUUUCAGGGUAGCAACUGUUCAUGGAGUCUCCUUUUGUAGCUUAUUUGAUGAAUUUCAGAUUUAUGUUGAUGAUGCUCCAUUGGCUUUCCCAGGACAGUAUCUUAUCAGUUCAAUUACAACUGUACUAUUAGGAUUGUUUGUCUUUGUGGUAUUUAUUGUGGAAGCAUAUGAAAUUAAUGUCUGGAGCUUUUUGAAGAAGAAACUAGGUGUAAGCGUCAAGAAAUCAAUAGUUUCUGUCAUUUCACCUUCGACAACUUCAAUUGAAAAUACUGAAAAAUUACUGCCAGAAGUUCCUGGUUCUGCCAUUUAG